AUCUGCUUGCUUCUCAAGUGGUCAUCUGAAGACGAGUCACACCGCAGCGAACUGGAGAGUGUGAGUGCCGCUUUUAUUUGGUCUGAUCAUGAAUGACCAAGCACAAGAAAGGCCUCGGUUGUGACUUUAUUGACUAAAGGAGAACCUCCGAGAAUUAUUUCGUUUUAAGUGAGACGACAGACGACCCAAUGGCUCACAUGGACGCUGAGUUAACUCUGAACGGCGUUGCUCGAGAGUGGAGUGGACAGCUCCAGCCUGCUCUGGUUGCAACUUUUUUUUUCCUUAUCUUCUUGGAGGUCGGUUUAUGGGCGAGGAACCUAAGGCUCAAGAGAAGACUGCCGGGACCCUUCGCUUGGCCCUUGGUGGGCAACGCCAUGCAGCUGGGCCAGAUGCCUCACAUCACCUUCGCCAAACUGGCCGAAAAAUAUGGUAACGUGUACCAGAUAAGACUCGGUUGCAGUGACAUUGUGGUCUUGAAUGGCGACAGGGCCAUACGUCAAGCGCUGAUUCAGCACGGCAGGGAGUUUGCAGGCAGGCCAAACUUUGUGUCUUUUCAGUAUGUGUCGGGAGGGAAAAGCUUGACUUUCAGCAGUUACAGCAAAGAGUGGAAGAUGCACAGGAAAAUUGCUCAAUCCACCAUCAGAGCGUUCUCAUCUGCCAACAGCCAAACCAAAAAAGCUUUUGAGUGGCAAAUUGCAGCCGAAGCUCAAGAACUGGUUGAUAUUCUCCUUAAGCUCGGAUCUCAGGGUCAUUAUUUCAACCCUUCCCAUGAGCUAACAGUAGCUGCAGCUAAUGUGAUUUGUGCCCUGUGCUUCGGAAAACGUUACGGACACGAUGAUGCUGAGUUCAGAGCCUUGUUACAGAGAGUUAAUGACUUUGGACAGACGGUUGGAGCUGGCAGCUUAGUGGAUGUGAUGCCGUGGCUUCAGUCUUUCCCAAAUCCCGUCCGCAGUGUGUUCAAGAAUUUCAAAUACUUGAACAAGGAGUUCUUCAAGUUUGUUCAGGGCAAAGUUGAAGAGCACAGGGAGACCUUCGAUCCUGAGGUAACCCGGGAUAUGAGCGACGCCAUUCUCGGGGUCAUUGCCAAGACUGAGGGUGAAGAGGGACUCACCCAGGGCUACACUGAGGGGACAGUUUCAGAUCUCAUUGGUGCAGGUCUGGAUACUGUUUCCACUGCUCUUGACUGGAUACUCCUCCUUCUUGUGAAACACCCUGAAAUUCAAACGAGACUCCACCAGUUGGUGGACAGGGUGGUGGGGCCCAACAGACUCCCCUCUGUGGAGGACAGAGGUGAGCUGGCCUAUCUUGAUGCCUUCAUCUAUGAAACAAUGCGGUUCAGCAGUUUCGUGCCCGUCACCAUCCCCCACUCUACCACCUCAGAUGUUACGAUCGAAGGUUUUCGCAUUCCAAAAGACACGGUGGUCUUCAUCAAUCAGUGGUCCAUCAAUCACGACCCCCUGACGUGGAAGGACCCGCAGACCUUUGACCCCUCACGCUUCCUUGACGACAAUGGCUCCCUAGACAAGGACCUCACCAAUAACGUUAUGAUCUUCUCGGCAGGGAAGAGACGUUGCAUCGGUGACCAGAUUGCCAAAGUAGAGAUUUUCUUGUUCUUUGCGAUCCUCCUUCAACAAUGUCACUUCGAAAAAUGUCCCGACAAAGACCUCUCCCUAAAUUGCGCCUACGGUUUAACGCUGAGGCCUUUGGAUUUCAAAAUCACUGCCAAACCCCGGCGAGAGACAAUCGACACAGAAGAUGGCAAAAAAGUAUAAGCUAAGAAUUUAUCACUUAUUCUACUGAGAACUUUUAUGUACCAAGCAUUGAUUGUUUUACAACAGACUAUGUACACUUCACAUUUUAAAUCAGAACAAAGUUGUUACAGUUUAUGCUUUAGGAUAGUUUAUGGUUUUACUGUAGUAUUACAUUUAUUUUAUAUCCAUAUUUCACUGUCAUAAAGUAUGUGAAAGGACACGUGAAGUAAACCUACAUGUAAUUGAUAGAAUUGAUACUGUGUCUAUAUAUUGGUUUUAUAUACCUACGUAUGUGUACAGCCCAGACAUAUCCCUGGUCACUUUAUUAGGUACACCUGUACAUUACAAUGGAAUGAAAUCUGCACAAUAAAUACACUUAUUAUUAUUUAGGUUGUAGUUUUGUCACUUAAUGUAGCAAAAUGGUUUAGCCAGUCUGAGACAUCAUGCCUCUAACAGUUCUCACUGAGUUGUGUUAUGUUUAUUAACAUAGAUUUAUUUUUAGAUGUAAGUGUACCUAAUUUUAUGACAAAAUAUUUUGUUUUAUUUGUACAGUUUUCUAUUUGUACAAUUAGGAAAUCCCACAUUACCUGAGUAAAGAGCAGCGUAUGCUGUUUAUAAACAGCAAUUUCUUAUAAUAAACCUGACAAAUAUGUAUUCUGGAGUGUGACUAAAACAUCGCAGGUAAAAUAAACAUCUCCGCUAACUUACAAGUGAAAGUGUGGUGUGUCAGUGGGGGCAGCCAGAUUGAAAAAAAGGAAAAGAAAAGUCCGGUGCGGUCAAAGACAUAAUAAUAGCACCUUAUGUCUGCUCUCUAUUGUUUUGAAAGAUUUAUAUGUGUUACUGGCCCAUGUCGCUCCUGCUCUGAACUCGUACCAAGCAAACCGUGACUCACUACAUCAGCCACUCAUUAAUGUUUAACACGGGUCUCUCAGUGCAUUUUUUUUUUUUUUUUUCGGUCUUAUCCAGUAAAUUGAGAGCAGACAAGUCGAUACAGUGACUUUUAUAUUCUUGGAAAGAAAAAAAGUAUUUCAGUAAUUGUGGAAGGAAGGCUGCCUGAAUAAUGUGACAAAUAGAGGACAGGCAGUCCAGUCCCAAGACUUUUAAAAAACAAUAAAUCAACUUAAGGUUCUGUGACAAGUAACUACUCCAUCCUUGAUUGGCUCCCAGUUUGGGAAUGUUGAAAAUUUAUUGAGUACAACUAAAAUUACUUUUGGCUGACUUUUGUAGUUUUGAUUCUAGUGGAGAACUACUUCCCAAAUUCAGACACGAAAAUCAUGUCUGUUUUAACAUUAGAUCAAUUUAUUAAAAAGAAGUUUAAUUAAGUUGUAAAUUUCAUUUUGUGUAAUAUUUUCCAUUAUAGGUAGAACAACUUCACCAUGAUUGUGAUUUCUCCUCUACAGAAGGUAUUAGAAAAUCCAGAUAGUGGCCGAAUAUAAUGUUGAUUGUGCCUUUCUUGCUUCUUAGAUUCUACUUUAAGGUGACAAUGCUAAUGACACUUCCCACUCUUGCCCAAUACCAUUCCUAUAUCUCAGGCAUGCCACAAAAAGUCCACAAAUAAAGCUUCUUCCUGUUGACUGA